AUGUUGGCAACGCGGCAACUUAUUCCCUCUUCUGUGGCACAUCUCGCAUGUCCUCUCCGUCUUGAAGAUGGCAGCACAAUUCUUCUCACUGCCACGGCCUCGUUCUUGCACGUGCAGCGGCCCGCUUGGAGGUUUGACCGGAGUGGAAAUGAGACCUGCGUCUUCGUCCCCACGAGGGAGGAGAUGCACCUUGGAAGCGUCGCCGUUGAGCUCGUGGCGUGUGCGCACCAGUGCUUUGUGGUCCUUACACAGGACUUUGAUCUCUUAGUAGGGCGAUACCAGGCAAACUUGCCUGCUCCACCUCAAUCGUGGCUCUGCAAUGAUGCAUUGCACCACAACAACUCGUGGCUUGUCCUGUAUCGUGGGAAUUUGACUGCCAGCCAAACCGGUGGGGUUUCAAUGGUGGGUGCACGGCCGUUAUUCGCCAUUGGUGGGAAUGGAACGACGGUGCAGUGUAGCAUUCUGCGCCGCGUGCGGCACACAUUAAUCAUUGAUAUACCCAAGGAUGCACCUGAGUCCUUUUUCACUGAGAAAUGGGUCUUGAGCGUUCCUCAGAGUGUCGGGCCCUUCUCCUGUAGUGUCGCCCCUUUUAAACGAGACGUGGUGGAGCAAUCCGACGAGGAACUGCUAGUACAUUCUACGGUUGCAGAGUUGACGAGGCGAAAGCGUUUACAGAAGCCCCCGCCCAUUGCCCAGUUGUAUGGCUUUCCGCCUGUCUCUGUCACGUUGCUUUCCCGCACAUCCGACGACCACAUCUUGUCCAUGGCUCUGAUGCCAGAAAUUCCCUCUCAGGAGCCUGAAAGCUUCGUCUUCGUCUUUCCCCACCGAUCGUCUUUAAGCGUCUUUGGAGGCCUUUCGCGUUCCUCGCGUGGAAAACUGUUGAAGAAUUUUAAGGUAAGCGGUUCCCCGUAUUUGGUAUUAACGCUUUCAGAUCGUGUGUUAGUGCUCUCAAUUGUGGGUUGCAUGCAUGUGUUGUCAGUUCUGGGCGUUGGUGCCACCCCGCUGGGAGCAGUUCUCAACAUGGUAGGCAAUCACAGGACAAUGCGUGUUGCACGAAGUUCGAGCCAUCCAUGCGCUGCUGUGGUGCUGCAGCAGCCGGGCGAGGCCGGAGAGGUGCUUUGGUUGCUGCUUGAAAGUGGUCUUCUGACGGAGCUCUCCAUUGAGGUCUUGCGGUCAGGCAAAGACAUUCCUAAUAUAUUAGAUGCACCUAGCAUUGAGUCUGGGGAUUGUGAAGAUGGUGAGUGGCCCAUUGCGUCAAUUAGCGGUUUGCCGCACGGCUUCCGUGCUGUAUCCAUUCUGCCGUUUAAGCGUGGUUGUACAACACGGUUUCAGCCCCACCCAGUGACGGAGCGUUACGUGCUGUUGAGUGACGGCGUCGCUGACACGUACCUCGUGGACCUCAUCGGACGACGCGCCGUGGGUGGUGUGAUUUCCCAUGGCGCCAUGACAUCGGCCUGCGCUGGCCCCGGCAUGGACCUUGUCGUAGCAUAUUCGAAGGGCGUGCUGCGGCGACUGUCGCCCGGUGUGGCAUCGCCGGUGCGCGUCCACGCGGCAUUUGCUGGGGUCCAUCAGAUGUACGCGCUGCCACACAUGACCGAGUCGCGGCCAGCGAGUGUGGUGUUUUAUUUUUUGGUGACCACCGCCGCCCGCACGGCCCUCUUGCGGGGGGCGGCGGGAUACCUGGAGGAGUUGCAUGACGUGGAGGGGUUUGCGUUGGAUGAGCCGACCCUUGCGGUGCACUCGGCGCCCGCAGAGGACGAAGCUGUAGCAGUAUCGUCCUUGCCACCCCUGGCUUUCGCGCAGUGUACGCCCACGUGUCUCAAUCUUGCGGGGACACGCAAGCCUUUGAGAGAAAUUAUGCCAGGAGUGGAUUGCGUAUCCCAUGCGUGCUUCGCAGGAGCUGAAUUUCUCGCUGUUGCGGUUUUACAGCGUGUCUCAAUUCUUUCACUUGCGGGUAGGAGCAUCUCUCCACGUCUCAUCGUGCAGAAAAGUUUGGAGGGUGAUGUCUCGCAUUUGGUCGCGUGGCGCAUGUCAGACUCGCGCCAGUGGGGCAUCGCGGCCUGUUUGUGGUCGCAUGAGAUUGUUGUAUGGCUUCUAGGCGAAGGUGUCACGCAGUGCCACGUGUUGCAUGGCAACGCCGUUGUUUCUUCAAGUUUUUCCCUGCCGGAUGGCGGUGCGGGGCUAACUUUCAUCGACCGCACGGUCGCCGUGUUGCGUCCGACUACGGCAGAGGGUACUCCCACCCUCACGGCGAUGGCGGAUACGGAACGCGAAGCAUUCCUGGCGGACGUUUGUCUGCCCGUGAUGCUCCUUCGUGGGAGUGUCGCCAGCCCGCACUUCCAACUCGUGGCAAUUGAGGGCCAAAAAAGUGGAGAUGGUGGCGUUGGGGUCUGCUGCCGCUGUGGAGGAGCAGCUGGGUGUCGCGUUGUCUCCUGUGCCGUUGCAUAG